AUGUCCUCCCACAAGCGCACUCGAGACGCCGCCUUCUCACAGAAUAAUGACGGCCUACCACCUCACGCCCCGUAUGCACUGUACGGCACACCGCUUCCAGCCUACAAUCCGGACAUAAGAGACGACGGCAGCUUCGUUCCACUAUGGAAACAAGAAGUCACGGAUGAGCGAGGGCGGAAACGUCUCCAUGGCGCUUUUACUGGAGGUUUCAGUGCUGGGUACUUCAAUACUGUAGGGUCGAAAGAGGGAUGGACGCCGAGUAUGUUCGUGUCUUCGAGGCAAAAUAAAGCGGAUGCGAAAGAUGGGGAGGUUAAGAAGCAGCAGCAGCAGCAACGGCCGGAGGAUUUCAUGGACGAGGAGGAUCUGGCUGAGCGGGCUGAGUCGCAAGUGCUGGAGACGAACGGUGCUUUCGCGGGUUUGGGUUCGAGCGGAGGAGGUGCUGGUGGAGAGAAGGGUAUGUUCGCCGAUCUGUUCCGGAGUUCGGGAGAGACGAUGGGUGUGAAGCUGCUGCAGCGAAUGGGUUGGAGACCCGGUCAGGGGGUUGGACCGCGUGUGAAGCGGAAGGCGAAGGGCGAUGAGAAGGGAGAGGUGCAUUCGUUUGCUCCUGAGAAUUCGAGGAUGAUUACUUUUCAUCGCAAGACUGAUCGGAAGGGUUUGGGUUUUGCGGGGGAGGGUAGACUGGAGGAGUAUAGUGAUGCUGUGAGAAGGGAUGAGGAUGAGGAAGAUGGGUGGGAUGCCCGGAUCCUUCAGACGAACAGGUCGAAAAUCAGCCUCAAGGGCAAGAAGCCGAAGAAAUCUGGGUUUGGGGUUGGAGUGCUUAAUGAUAAUGGGUCUGAUGACGACGAUCCUUAUGCGAUUGGGCCACAGAUCAACUAUAGUCGCAUAAUAGGCGGCAACAAGAGAAAGAAGAAAGGAGGUCUCGUGUCGAGCAACGCCAAUUCUUCAACCAUCAGGCCCGUGUCCACAGCCAAGAAACUCACGCAACGCACAGCCACCUCAGGUGGCUUCCGCAAAUGCCAUGAUGGCCGCUUACCACUCGAUGGCUUCGUCCUGUCUUUAGCCCCGUUGACAUUGACCGAAGAGAACAAGCAUCCGCCACCCGAAGUACCCUUAGGCUGGAUAUCAAGCAAAACCGCCUCAGUCGACCCAUCCAGCGCAGCGACCUAUACAUCAACCGCAGACGCCGCAAAGGCCUCCUCACUCGACCCCAAGGCCCGCGCUGCUUUACUCGGCGAACAACAGCUCCCUGGGAAAUCCAUUUUCGACUUCCUCACCCCCUCUACCCGAGAUAGACUCGCCACAGCAAGCGGUCGUACUAACCUACCUCCUGCUCUUAGCGAAGCAGCACCAGCCGGCCACAAAAAAAGUACAGCAGAUAAGACCCGCACACUCUGGGAUCUCGUUCCGCCACUCGCCAAGGAGACUGCACUAGCGGCUCUCCAUCGUGGAAGUACAGGGUGGAUGCCGUAUGCCGAGGACGAGGACAAGAGGGAGCGGUAUAGGUAUUUUCUGCGGUUGAGAGCGGGGCAGGCGGACCAAUUACCUGAUCGGCCGAAGGAUGCCUCGACGCAAGAAUGGUGUAAAGAGAUGAGGGAAUUUGCUCAAGCUGCUGAGGUCUUUAGGCCUAUUUCGGGAUUGAUGGCUAGUCGAUUUACUUCUUCUUCCGCGUCCGCGCCACGAUUGGUGAAUGAUGCGCCGGACACUGCCCCCGUCCCGCAGGAGAAAGUCGAGGAUCCGGCGGAGAAAGCGGCGAAAAUGGGGAUGUAUGGACCUUUGACGAGGAGUACCGCGGUCUUUUAUCCGACGAGAUUACUGUGUAAGAGGUUUAAUGUCAAACCUCCUGCUAAUGUUGCGGCGGGGAAUGAGGACGGGGAGGGCGAGGUGGCGGAUAAGAGGUUGGAAGUUGUGGGGCAGGCUAGUCUGGAGAGGAUGAUGAGGGAGGCGAGGUGGUCUCAGCAGAAGGGUGGUAGUUCUUCGGCUGGGGUGGACGGUGGGAACGUUGAUGAUGGUGGUGGCGAGCAGGAAGGUAUAGAGAUUGCGGUAAGAGUCCAGCCAACGAAGGUAGAUGCUGAGAAGAAUGAGGCAUUGGAGGGGCAGAAGGCUGGAGAGGCUGUCUUUAGAGCGAUAUUUGGGAGCGAUGACGGAGAAGAUGAGUGA